CGUCUGGAGUCGAAACUGCAGAAGACGAGGCCAGAGGCGGGGCGGCGAUCGUCGCGCAGAGGUGACGUAGUGCCGCCGGCGCGGGCGGGUGACGCGACGGGGCCCGUUGUCUGUGUGUGGGGCUAGGGGCCCCGGGGGCGGCGGGGGCUCCCGGCGGGGGGCGGCGGUGGGUCGGGAGGGCCUGGACAUGGCGCUGAGGGGCUGCCCCGCGGGAAGAUGAAUAAGGGCUGGCUGGAGCUGGAGAGCGACCCUGGCCUCUUCACCCUCCUGGUGGAAGAUUUCGGUGUCAAAGGGGUGCAGGUGGAGGAGAUCUAUGACCUUCAGAGCAAAUGCCAGGGCCCCGUGUAUGGAUUCAUCUUCCUGUUCAAAUGGAUCGAAGAGCGCCGAUCCCGUCGCAAGGUCUCUACCUUGGUGGAUGAUACAUCUGUGAUUGAUGAUGAUAUUGUGAAUAACAUGUUCUUUGCCCACCAGCUGAUCCCCAACUCUUGUGCCACUCAUGCCCUGCUGAGCGUGCUCCUGAACUGCAGCAAUGUGGACCUGGGGCCCACCCUGAGUCGCAUGAAGGACUUCACCAAGGGCUUCAGCCCUGAGAGCAAAGGAUAUGCGAUUGGCAAUGCUCCAGAGUUGGCCAAGGCACAUAAUAGCCAUGCCAGGCCUGAGCCACGCCAUCUCCCCGAGAAGCAGAAUGGCCUUAGUGCUGUGCGGACCAUGGAGGCAUUCCACUUUGUCAGCUAUGUGCCUAUCACAGGCCGGCUUUUUGAGCUGGAUGGGCUGAAGGUUUACCCCAUUGACCAUGGGCCUUGGGGGGAGGAUGAGGAGUGGACAGACAAGGCCCGGAGGGUCAUCAUGGAGCGUAUCGGCCUCGCCACUGCAGGGGAGCCCUACCAUGACAUCCGCUUCAACCUGAUGGCGGUGGUGCCCGACCGCAGGAUCAAGUAUGAGGCCAGGCUGCACGUUCUGAAGGUGAACCGUCAAACAGUACUGGAGGCCCUGCAGCAGCUGAUUAGGGUAACGCAGCCAGAGCUGAUUCAGACCCACAAGUCUCAAGAGUCACAGUUGCCUGAAGAGACCAAAGCAGUCAGCAGCAAGUCCCCUCUGGCCCUGGAAACAAGCAGGGCCCCAGCGGCCUCUGAGGGCACCCACACAGAUGGUGUGGAGGAGGUGGCUGGUUCGUGCCCACAAGCCCCGACCCACAGCCCUCCCAGCAAACCCAAGCUGGUGGUGAAGCCUCCGGGGAGCAGCAUCAAUGGGGUUCCCCCAAACCCCACUCCUAUCGUCCAGCGGCUGCCAGCCUUUCUGGACAAUCACAACUAUGCCAAGUCCCCCAUGCAGGAGGAGGAAGACCUGGCAGCAGGUGUGGGCCGCAGCCGAGUUCCAGUCCGCCCACCCCAGCAGUACUCAGAUGACGAGGACGACUACGAGGAUGACGAGGAGGAUGACGUGCAGAACACCAACUCUGCCAUCAGGUAUAAGCGAAAGGGGCCGGGGAAACCAGGGCCAUUGAGUGGCUCUGGGGAUGGGCAGCUGUCGGUGCUGCAGCCCAACACCAUCAACGUCUUGGCCGAGAAGCUCAAAGAGUCCCAGAAAGACCUCUCAAUUCCUCUGUCCAUCAAGACGAGCAGCGGGGCCGGGAGUCCAGCUGUGGCAGUGCCCACGCACUCACAGCCCUCACCCACCCCCAGCAAUGAGAGCACUGACACAGCCUCUGAGAUCGGCAGCGCUUUCAAUUCGCCACUACGCUCGCCUAUCCGCUCGGCCAACCCCACGCGGCCUUCUAGCCCCGUCACCUCCCACAUCUCCAAGGUGCUUUUUGGAGAGGACGACAGCCUGCUGCGUGUUGACUGCAUACGCUACAAUCGUGCUGUACGCGACCUGGGUCCUGUCAUCAGCACGGGCCUGCUGCACCUGGCUGAGGACGGUGUGCUGAGUCCCCUGGCACUGACAGAGAGUGGGAAGGGUUCCUCACCUUCCAUCAGACCGAGCCAAGGCAGCCAGGGGUCUGGUAGCCCAGAGGAGAAAGAGGUGGUGGAGGCUGUGGAUAGCAGAGAGAAGCCUGGGCUGGUCAGGCCUAGUGAGCCCUUGAGCGGGGAGAAGUACUCACCCAAGGAGCUGCUGGCACUGCUGAAGUGUGUGGAGGCUGAGAUUGCAAACUACGAGGCCUGCCUCAAGGAAGAGGUGGAGAAGAGGAAGAAGUUCAAGAUCGACGACCAGAGAAGAACACACAACUACGAUGAGUUCAUCUGCACCUUCAUCUCCAUGCUGGCUCAGGAAGGCAUGCUGGCCAACCUGGUGGAGCAGAACAUCUCGGUGCGGCGGCGCCAGGGGGUCAGCAUUGGCCGACUCCACAAGCAGCGGAAGCCUGACCGGCGGAAACGCUCACGCCCCUACAAGGCCAAGCGCCAGUGAGGACUGCUGGCCCUGACCCUGCCGCUCACUCUUGCCACAUGGCCCUCACCAGGGCCCUCCCCUGCCCCACUCUCCCUCUUCCCAGUAUUACCGAAUAGUUCCAGUCAGAGAGCCCAGACCCUGGGAAUAGGAGCCAGGCCAGGAUUCUCUGCACGGUACCCCAGUGCCUGCCAGGGCAGGGCUGCCCCGUCAUGCUCUGGAAGCAGGAGCUGGGGCACAGGGAGGUGCUGCAGCUUCCUCCACAGCCGGCUGUGGAGUGGCAGGACCUGGCCUUUCUGCCUGGGCAGCAGAAUAUAUAUUUUACCUACAGAGACGUCUAUUUUUCUGGGCUCUAACCCAUCUUGCCACCACUGUGUUGACAUAGUCAGCUUCCUGAUUCUGAGUUCUCUCCUAACAGCUGUCAUCCUGGAGGGCCGGGGUCACUCCUGCAGGGUCACAGCUGGGGGCCCUGCUGCUCUGGCCCCAGUUGUCCCUGUUGCGAGAAAGCCAGGUCUGCUCUCCGUUCCUCCUGGGAGAGCUCCAAACUCAGGGACCUGGCUGCUGGGCUAGACUGGGAGUGGGGUAUUCCAGCGGGGGCAGGGUGAGCAGCCUGCUUGGGUCCCAUGGCCUAAGCAGAGAGGAGUGUUUGAGCUGUUUGGUGGCCUGGCUUUGGCCAGGCUUGGUAAGACUGCUCUCUGUGGCAAGGCCCUGGGCUCUUUGUCUUCAGUGUUGUGGCCCUGGCAAGGGGCCUGCUUUGGGCUCCUGGGCUCAGAGGAGCCUCUGCCCGCCCCUCAGUAUUACCACGUCUCCCUCUUCUUAGAGACAGCAGAGACAGGGCUGCUUGCAGGAAGCUGGCACCACUCAGCUCUCCCUGCCAUGCCAGCUUUCUCAGCUUCCGCAAGGCACUCAGGGUGGGGGACAAUAGGACCAAGACAACCAGUUGGAGCCCCAUGUUCCCAGAGGGCCUGAUGCCAAUGGCUGAUGGGCCCAGCACUGCCUCUGGAGCUCAGGCCCCAAACAGCCCCAUGGCCUCUUCUAGGUGGCUUUGAAGGUGAUCCAGGCGGGCCCCUUAUGUGUACAUAGUGACCAGGGUGGGGGCCAGCUGCCUCUGCGCUAAGCAUAGCCCGACCCCUCUGGCCCCUGUAAAUAUUGGACUAAUGAAUGAAUAAAACUCUCCUAAAAAAUUA